AAUGAAUUUUAUUAAAAAUAAUAUAAAACCAUUUCUUUUAACCUCUUCAAUAUUUGGCAUUACUGGCUACAGCUACUUGUUUUACAAAGCCUAUUAAAAUAAAAGGGAAUUGCAAAUUAAAAAAGAGAAUGAAGUAGAAUUUAAAGACAAUACUAGACCUUAAAAUCAAUAUUUUGGAUUAAGUUAUGGAUUCAGAGCUGAUCAGAUAGUUCUAGAUAGAUUAGAUUCUGGAGAUUUAAUAUUUAUGAAGUUUGAAUGUAUGGAAUGCAUCUCAGUAAGCGAUAUAAUUAAUUGUUCAUAUUCUCAAUUCACUAAGCCAUAUCCUCAUUAUGAUUCACUUGGAUUAAUCUUUAGAGAUAAUAGAAAUGUUUAUGUCCUAUACGAUAGAUUUGGAGAGAUUGUUAUCGAAGAUUAUGCUGAAUUUUUAUAAAACCCUUUCUGGAACGAAAUUACAAUCAGGAAAAUCAUAACUAAGCAAGAAAUUCAUAAAAAUCUCAAACCUCUUUUUUAUAAAGAAGACUAUAAAUAAAUAUUUUAGAAUAAAUCUUUCAUUCCCAUUGUCCUCUAAUCUACUGGGCUUAUUGAUUAAAAAUAUAUUAACAGGCUAGACGAAGUGUACAUUGAGGAUUUAGAUGUUGAUGAUUUCCCAUUUUUUAUUAAUGGUACCUCAUUAGGGCCAAAAAUAAAUGUCAGAACCAAAAGAAAUAAAGACUUAGAUGCCAAGUGAAAUAAAAAUAUUAUAUAAAA